UCAUGGUCAUCAUGAUGAUGAAAGAUUUGUGUUGUGACACGAUCGAUGACUGACGCUGAUAUCCGACAUCGCGGAGGAUUUGUUCAAAGAGAUGUAAAUACGUAUGUGGAUGAAGGGAGUUCCUCGUCAAAGGCAGGUCAUUGACGAUGGUGUACUAUUUACGUCCCUGAAAUCCAGCGGUUUAGAUGCAUCCUGAAUCUCCUAUUGGAAGGUCUGGAUGUUAGCUUUAUUCAUGCUCUUCACCGGCGAAUAAUUAGCUGGCAAGAUUGGAAAGAGAGUGGAUUUCCUGUGGUGUCAAGUGUGCGUGCAGUUCUUCAAUCGGGUACAAUGACUUCUGUAUACCUGUACGUCCCAAAUGUAAUUGGUUACAUUCGUCUGUUGCUCAUAGUGGCAUCAUGGUACGUAUGGGACAGCGCGCCAGUGUUGUUCGUAGUCCUGUACAGCACGUCAGCACUGCUCGAUGCUCUGGACGGCAUCGCAGCGCGCCGUCUCAAUCAGAUAUCGGGAUUCGGUGCGUGGCUGGACGUCGUCGUUGAUAACAUCGGUCGCACGAUGAUCUGGUCGUGCCUGGCGCCGUGGGGCUGGAUGGUGGCCGUUCUCGAAUGGUGUACGUUCUCUUGCACCCACAACAACGGCGCACACUGGAGGGAUUCGUUUGACAACGCGCCCGCCUGGGUGAAGGCCGUCAUGGCGAAUGGUUUCAGGACACCUGUUGGCUUUCUAGUCAUCGCCGGCCUGCACGUCUUCCCAAUAGUUCACUAUGGUAUGGAGAGAGGCAUGUUGGCUUGGCUUAAUCCGGUAUUACAACCAGCGAGGGUCCUGCUCGCCAUUGGCAGGAUUGUUUGUGCGGCUACAGAGUGCUGGUGUAUUGUGGAGCAUAUUCGUCAUCUGGAUCCAGCACCAGCGGCGGUGGCGGAGAACUCACCCGCCUCUUGAGACAACUGCUCAGUCACUGAGUGUACUCCUGCACAGGUCUUACAUCAUGGCCGCCUGCCCCUCCGUGCCUCUUGCACUAUUCCAGUGUGAAACCAUAGAUUAGCCAGGACUGAGGUGAAGAGAUGCGCUGUGUGCUUGCCCAUAGCCUGUGAGUCAUUAGCAGGUGAGUGUCUGCUAUGGUUGUGCAGUGCUGCAAGAGGAUCAUGUUAUCAAUGUACAUGUCAUGUACAUACUUGUGCUACUGGCCUGGAUCAUGUGACCAAUGUACAUACUUGUACUGCUGGAUGCCCUGAGACAAGGCAGUGCUGAGUGAUCUCCAUCGCACUGUGAUGCAGGCUGCUGCUAGUCACAGCACUGCCAGGCAGAGCGGGCUGUGAAGUGCUGUAACAUGUAGCUAAUUACUUACCAGCCAGUUAUGGGUGGAUGGCUGAGCACACUGCACUCAUCACUGUCAUCCGCCCCCGAUGAGAAUGUGAAUGCGGCAGCAAGCUGGAUCGUAUGCCAACAUUGUGGUACACAGUCAGUGCGUAGCUGGUUGUGUCCUGCCGUAGUCUACACACGGCACCAAGAGUGUAUGAGCUUGCGUACUCUUGAGAACACUCAGGCAGAAUUACUGUUGAUACAAACAAUUUAAAAAAUACUUGAAAUAAGAAAUUAUUGCAGGCACAGCUGUCAUGAAGCUGACUAGUGAUGUUCCAGGUGACUUCCCAGGUGAUUCCUGAAAGGUCAACAAAGAACCGCUGAUUUUAUUCUUCUUUGUCAACAACACGACAUAGUAUAUACUGUAUAGUCUUUGCUAAUACUGGCUUGAACACUGUUCGCUAAGCCAAUCAGUUGCUACUCACAUCCCUCACCCUGUGACUGACCACUGUACAAAUAGAAGUUUCUGUGCGUACUCUCGCCAGGAGCAAGUUUUUACUUCAAGUAUUUGGAAUAUUUUAAUCGUGGAGAAAGUGCUGUUAUUUCAAGCACUGAGCCUACUCCAUUCUAUUGGAAGUCUGUAAUUUUUAUUUUAGUUGUGUCCUAGAAUAGGUAGGUCAUUUUUCAAUAGGCGAUUGUGUGAAAAUGAAUUAUGCCAUCAUGCCGCUGCCAAUUUUUACUACUUUUUUAAAGUAAAUCUUGCAGCAGAUUUAAAUGAUUUAAUAUGUUCA